GUGAAACUCGUCGUCACCUGAGCAGCUGCUGAAUGUUUGAUGGAGACAGUUUGACAGAGGACGACUCACCUGGACAGAGACGCUCACACACCUGAAGGCUUCAUCAGGUGAUGGUGUCAGGAUGUCUGAGGGGAGACAGCGAACUCUGUCCACCUCAGGAGAAUCUCUGUACCAGAUUCUGGAUCUUCAGCGAGGCUGUAGCCAUGACGACAUCAAGAAGUCCUACAGGAAACUAGCGCUGCGGUACCAUCCCGAUAAGAACCCGGAGAACCCGGAGGCGGCGGAGAAGUUUAAGGAGCUGAACAGCGCUCACUCCGUCCUCUCCGACCUCUCCAAGAGGAACAUCUACGACUCGUACGGCUCUCUGGGGCUCUACGUGGCACAGCAGUUUGGAGAAGACAAUGUCAACACCUACUUUAUGCUGUCCACCUGGUGGGCUAAGGGUCUGUUCGUGGUGUGUGGCGUUCUGAGCGGAUGUUACUGCUGCUGCUGCCUCUGCUGCUGCUGCAACUGCUGCUGUGGGAAACUCAAGCCCACGCCCACCGCUGAGGGGGCGGAGUCUGAGUAUGUCUCCCCUGACGACCUGGAGGAGGAAAUCCGCAACGACCCCAAUAACGACUCAGAGACUCCGAUUGUUCGCCAGCCGACAAACACCAGCGAGAAAACUCAGCUGAUCUGCGACGGUCGCCACAGAGACACGUACACAUGAAGAGGACAGGAAACAGGAAACAGGAAGUCUUCAUAAAGAUCAAAGUAUCAUUAAAAUCUUCAUGUAAAUGAUUUAAAGUUUGGUUUGUAUUUGAGUGAACUGUGGUCACAUGACGUGAUGAUGUCAUCUGUUGUAACAUGAGGAGUCAGCCUGUAGAGGGCGCUGUCUGACACUGUGUGUGUGUGUGUGUGUGUGUGUGUGUGUGUGUGAAUAUUAAAAUCAUGUUUACGAUG